UCUCUCUCUCUCUCCUAUAUUAGCUUUAAUUUAUUUUCUUUGCUUAUAUAUCUCCCCCAUACUAAUUACUAUACUGGCUUUACCAACAAUGGAAGCCUUCGCUUUACUCAAAUACUGGCGUCCCAUUGGCGGCGGCGACGCCACCCACUCGACCGGAGACACCACUUUCAAUCCACGCGCCACCAGGAACACCACCACCGCCGUCCUCUUCUCCGAAGAAGAUCCCUACUUUGACCUGGAAUUCACACCACCGACCGACUACGACACCGGAGAAGCCGCCGGAGAUAGCCCAGCAGAAACUGAAAGUGGGUCCAGCGCCGCCGCCGCCGCCGCCGCUGAUGAAGAAUUAUCAGAUCACGAAAAUAGCGACGAAGAAGAAGAAGAAAAUGAGGUGAAGUACGCUAUCACAAGCGACGAAAGAAAUGUGAUAAUCUCUCCUUCCAGCAUUAUUAAUAUUUCAGAAGAGAACACCAAAUUGCCUGCUUCGUUGCUAAAAUCAGCGACUAAAUUUCGAGUUUUGUUGCUAAAACUCAAGAAAACAAAAUCUUUCAACAGAUCCGAGGAAAAAACAGUGGUUGGUAAUAAUAAUAAUUUGUUUCUUGAGUUCGACGUUGAUGAAGACAAAGGCCCGUUAAUUUCUCUGUUUGCAAGAGAUAAUAAUUCGAAAGAUUUAUCAAAUGAGAGAAAUUUGGUGCAGAAGUACUUGAAAAUGAUCAAGCCUAAGGUGAAGUUUUCCGGCGAGGCGACCGGAGGAUGUCGUAGUUCCGACGGUGCCGGCGGUGUUUCUCAGCUGCCGGAGGUGGGGAGUAAUGCGAAGAGUCAUCAUCAGAAGCGAGGGGUGGAAGUGGUGCGUAAGCACUUGGGGAAAAGCAGGUCGAGUUCCGCCAUGUUGGCGGCGGCGCCGCCGCCGGGGUCCGACCGCCGCCGUGAUGACUCGCUGUUGCAGCAGGAGGACGGGAUUCAAGGGGCCAUUCUGCAUUGCAAGAGAUCAUUCAAUGCCACUAGAGAUGGAGAAUCCGCUUUACUAUCUCGCUCAGUUAGUGAUCCAUCCUGUUCCUAAGUAUGUAAUUAGGCUCAUCGUUUUCUCUUGCUUCAACAUCAUUAAUAUAUUUAAUUAGGAUUAGUUGAGUUUGUCUCAUAUGACUUACGUCUAGUGAAUGUGUAACUUUUCUUAUGAUCUGCAAAUUAGUGUACGUAAGUAAAGUUUAUCCGAUGCACCC